AUGGCAAACGAACUGCCAACAUCUAAACUUGAAAAUCAAAGGUUAAGUACAGCAGAACCAACUAUGGCUCCCACGCCCGUUCUCACCGACUCCCAGUAUAAAAUUGGUGUUGACCCAAAGGCACCCAAUAUUAUAGAAGAAAAAAAGGAAAAGAAUAAAAAAAUUGAUUUUGAUGAAACAUUGAUUUUUUUGUUGAAAAUUUUAAAACAAGGCCAGGAAGGAACCGAAGGACCUGAUAAUGUUAAUGAUAAAGAUACCAAUUUACCCGAAAAACGAUCUCGUGGGCGCCCUAAAAAAGAGGUUAGCAAUAAUGUGAUGGAGAAAUCGGCAAAAACUCGGGGAAGACCAAAAAAAGACAAGUUGGCUACUAUUACCACUGGUAAUGAUACUAAUUCUUCAGGGAAACGUCGUGGUCGUCCAAAAAGGGAAGAGAUUAAAGUCACUCCUGGCAAUACAGCAAAUUCAGUCGUAAAACGCGGCCGUGGUCGCCCGAAACAAAGCGAAUCUAAUAGAGUUGCUGGUGUUUUACAAAAAAAAACUCGUGGGCGUCCAAAAAAAGCGCUUAGUAAACCAAUCACUACCGAAAAGCGAAGACCUGGUAGACCAAAAGCUACUAAACUUGACGUUUUUGAUGGUCCAACGAAAACUGAUGAAGAUAAAAUCACAACUUCUGAAAAACGUGGACGAGGUCGCCCACGAAAAAAUCCGCUUUUAUCACAAGUUGGCAAAUCAAAAAUUGCACCAAAACGCGUUACAUCGGAUAAAAUUUCCAAUGGUACACCAAAGCCACGCGGUCGUCCCCGAAAGGUCGUGACUGACAAAGAAGUUGAUGUCAGCCACCCUGAAUCUGAAACAAAAUUAUCUAGUAUCAAUGUCGCCAUCCCCGUUGAAGUCUCUACUGCUAAUGAAAUCCAAGUUGAAAGUAACUUGGAACAAAGUACAAAUUCAAUUCAAGCUCCUAACGCUAUUCAAAAUGAUCCUGUCGAACCAUCAAAUGCCAUUGCAUUAAAUGGACAGAAUGGACAGGAAACUGUUAAUGGAGAGCCUCCAAAAAAACGUGGACGUCCAAAAAGGGACGAUCAAACAGAACAAGGAUUAACUAAGAAGGUCAAAGCGUAA